AUGGGAAAUGUAGUGCGAGGUGCUGUCGCCUUCGUGCCCUCCGAGAGAUGUCAACGUUUCUUAUGCGACUUGAAGGAGAUGCCCCUUGAUCGUACUCUAGACCUGAGUAGCCGGCAGUUACGUCGCCUUCCCAUCAGAGCUUCUGCCUUCGAUGAACUAGUCAAACUCUACCUGAGUGACAACCACCUGAGCAACCUGCCGCCAGAACUGCGAAACCUGCAGAAGCUCCAGAUUCUAGCCUUGGACUUCAAUUGUUUCGAGGAGCUUCCUCUGGUCAUAUGCAGCCUCGUUCAGCUAAACAUCCUCUACCUCGGUAAUAACCGACUGUACAGACUGCCGAAGGAACUGCGGCAUCUCACCGAGCUUAAAACGUUGUGGCUGGAGACCAACUGCUUCACCAAGUUUCCUCGAGUAAUAUGUGAGCUUCCCAACAUCAAGACCCUGCAUUUGGGAUACAAUCAGCUACAUAGGUUACCGGCUGAGCUCGAGCGACUGGAGGAGCUACGCAGCAUCUGGUUAGCAGGAAACUUGCUAAAUGAUUUCCCCCCCGUGCUGCUGAAGAUGCAUUACUUGGAGGUGAUCGAUGUGGACCGUAAUCGUAUUCGCCAGUUUCCGUCGCUUGCCUACUUGAGAGGCUUGAAGCUUGUCAUCUACGACCACAAUCCUUGCGUUAAUGCUCCAGUGGUGGACGAGGGUGUGAGACGGGUAGGCCGCUGGGCCGACAGCUCUGAUGAUGAGGAAGAUGAAGGUGACGGAAAGGUUGCCAAAGCAGGCAUGAAGGCGCAGGGAUCACUGGAAGAGAACGAGUGA